CGGGGGGAGGGGUCCCGGCCUCAGUUCCUCGCGUGUUCUCCUCACGUCCCAAUUCUCCUCCGUCACUCGUCCCCGCGCUGACCUUCUGUCCUCUAGAAUGUCCAGGUACAUUCCUGUGAGGGCCUCGUUCCGGCCAAUGGCGCGGUCUGCAGGGCCCGCCCCGCCCCCUUCCCGAGACCGCUGAGCUCGGCCACGCCCCUGCCCCGCCCCUGCCCCGUCGCGGAGGCCGCGCGGUCAGUUACACCGCCUCGGCUGCGCCCCCCGUCCCGCCUUCCCGCCAGCCAGCCGCCGCCGCCCUCCGCCGCUCCCGCCGGGACCAUGGCCUCCUCCGAGGUGGCACGGCACCUGCUCUUUCAGUCUAAUAUGGCAACGAAAACAGCUUGUAUGUCCUCACAAGCAUCUGAUGAUGAACAGAGAAAAAGAGAAAAUAUUCGUUCCUUGACUAUGUCUGGCCAUGUUGGUUUUGAGAGUUUACCUGAUCAGCUGGUCAAUAGAUCCAUUCAGCAAGGUUUCUUCUUUAAUAUUCUCUGUGUGGGGGAGACUGGAAUUGGAAAAUCGACACUGAUCGACACAUUGUUUAAUACUAAUUUUCAAGACCAUGAAUCCUCACAUUUUUACCCACAUGUUAGACUUAAAGCUCAGACAUAUGAACUCCAGGAAAGUAAUGUUCGAUUGAAAUUGACUGUUGUGAGUACAGUGGGAUUUGGUGACCAAAUAAAUAAAGAAGAGAGCUACCAACCAAUAGUUGACUACAUAGAUGCUCAGUUUGAGGCCUAUCUCCAAGAAGAACUGAAGAUUAAGCGUUCUCUCUUUAACUACCAUGAUUCUCGCAUCCAUGUGUGCCUCUACUUCAUCUCACCAACAGGUCACUCUCUGAAGUCACUGGAUCUCUUAACAAUGAAGAACCUUGACAGCAAGGUGAACAUUAUACCAGUGAUUGCCAAAGCAGAUGCGAUUUCUAAAACUGAAUUACAGAAGUUUAAGAUCAAGCUCAUGAGCGAGUUGGUCAGCAAUGGCAUCCAAAUAUACCAGUUCCCUACAGAUGAUGACACUAUUGCUAAAAUCAAUGCUGCAAUGAAUGGACAUUUGCCAUUUGCUGUUGUAGGAAGCAUGGAUGAGGUAAAAGUUGGAAAUAAGAUGGUCAAGGCUCGCCAGUAUCCUUGGGGUGUUGUACAAGUGGAAAAUGAAAACCACUGUGACUUUGUAAAGCUGCGGGAAAUGCUCAUUUGUACAAACAUGGAGGACCUGCGAGAGCAGACCCACACUAGGCACUAUGAGCUUUAUAGGCGUUGCAAACUGGAGGAAAUGGGGUUCACGGAUAUGGGCCCAGAGAGCAAGCCACUCAGUCUUCAGGAGACUUACGAAGCCAAAAGACAUGAAUUCCAUGGGGAACGUCAGAGGAAGGAAGCAGAAAUGAAGCAGAUGUUUGUGCAGCGAGUCAAGGAGAAGGAAGCAAUACUGAAGGAAGCUGAGAGAGAGCUGCAGGCCAAAUUUGAGCAUCUUAAAAAAGUUCACCAAGAAGAGAGAAUGAAAAUUGACGAAAAGAGAAAAUGUUUGGAAGAAGAAAUAAUCACUUUCUCUAAAAAGAAAGCUACCUCCGAGAUAUUCCAUAACCCAUCCUUUAUGGCAUCGGGUACCCACCUGAAGAAGGACAAGGACCGUAAGAACUCCAAUUAUUUGUAAAACAGAAGUUCCAGAGCACAGAAAGUCAUCACAAGCAAAAGUUAUUAAAAAGUUAGAAGUAUGCUUUGCUUUUUCUUACUGUUUUUGUUUUAUCACUUAUUCUGUAUCUGGCGAAUGGCCACAGUUACUGAUAUUUAUGGAAAAAUACUUUCAAGUAUAAGGUCAAUACAUAAAUUGGAGUGGAUGAUGUUACUUAUAUAUUCACUAUUGUUAGGAAUUUUUAAGUUGCUGUUUUUGUGAUGAACCUAGAUCUUUACUCCUGCUGCCAUAUUAUUGUCACUUUGUAGCACUUUGUACCAAAGAGCAAAGUCUAAAUGCUAUUGGAAAUACAGAAUCUAUUCAUAUUAUAGCUAUAUGAUUGCAUUUAUAUUCCACAGUGAACCUUUUUUUAUACAUACUAAAGGAAGAAUUGGGGGAAUAUGUUUUAGAAUUUAUUAGAGCGCUUAAACUCUAACAUCUUAACAGUUAUAUAGAACUUUUUAAUUUUUGAUAAAAUUACCCAAUUGGUAUUCUAACUAAGGUUUUGUGUCAAAUUAUAUGUAGCAUGAUAACCUUUCAUGCUUCAGUUUGUCUCCUCUUUGUAGUUGAUAAAAAACAUCCAGGUAUAGAAACACCUUUUUUCUAGUGAUAAAAUACUCUUUAACCUGGGUGUAUCACACUAUUUAGGAUGUACUUGUUGUCUAAAACUCUCUUUUCCAGGGGAAAAAUAAUAAGGUUGAGUUGUUUUAUUAAAAAUAUUUUAUAAGAAAAUAACUAUGAACAUCUGAAUAUUAAAGAAACGAAAAUUCAGAUAAUUCAUAUUUCCAGCAAUAUUUGCAUUCAGUGCCUUAGUAGUAUUCUCAAAACACUU